AUGCCGCUGAGCACAGCCGCCAGCUCGAUGAAGAGCACCAAAUGGGUGGACGAUGGCGAGGAAUCAGAGUGCGAAGCGGUGCCCUUGCCAAUUCAGACAUUUCUAUGGCGUCAAACGAACCCAUUCCUCGGCGCCAAGGUCGGAAAACUUCACGAAGCAUCAUGUGUGGUGAGUGGUGUUUCGCUUCGUCUUUCUACUGUUGGAAUUCCAUUUAUACAUUUUUAG